AUGAGCAUUAAAUUAUUUCUAAUAUUCACCCUUUUGGUGUACUGUUCGGCUAGGAGAGCUACAAAAAUCGGAACAUCACGUAUUAUCAAUGGCGAUAUUAUAACAAUUGAUAAAGCACCAUAUUUGGUACAACUUCGUAAUGAGGAAGGGAAGACAUUUUGUAGUGGGACCCUAAUCUCAAUGGAACAUGUUGUUACAGCUGCUCAUUGUUUUGUGGAUCGGGAUUAUCGUCAUAUAAAUGUGGUAGCUGGAGCAAGUUCCCUCCUUGAACAAGGUGUUUCUCGUAGCAUUGAAAAUCUACACAUUCAUCCCGAAUUUGAUCCUUUAAAUCCCUUCGGUAAAAAUGUGGCCGUUUUAAAGCUAAAUAAACCCCUGGCGAGAAGUCGUAACAUACGCAACACCUAUCUCUGCUCUGAAGCUUUACAGGCAGGCGAUUUAUUACAAAUUGCUGGUUGGGAUGAACUUGAUGAGGAGGAUUUAAAUGACAAUUCUAAUGUUUUAAGUACAAUACGUAUGCCGGUAUUGUCAACGGAAAUUUGUAAGGAUAAAUUUGGCAGCAGUGAAGGAAUAUUGUGUGCCUCGGAUGGUGAUCAAGAUGUCUCGGAGAUUGAUGGCGGUGGCCCUGGAAUUUUUGCUGGGGAGCUGUGUGGCAUUGUUUCGGUGAACUUGGAGGAAAAUAAACCGGCAGUCUUUACCAAUGUCAUGAAUGUUAUUGAUUUUAGUGAAGCACAUAUUUACUGA